CGUGCGAGCGAGGCGGAAGUGCGCGGCGAGGGACGGGGCCGCAUGGCGGCCGCCCAGCAGGCCAGGGCCGGAACCGGGGCGGCGGCGGCGCGGCCCUGAGCCCUGAGCACAUGGGGAAAUACUGCGCCAGCCUGGGCGUCCUCAAGGGGCCCUGGGACCAGGUGUUCGCCGCCUUCUGGCAGCGCUACCCCAACCCCUACAGCAAACAUGUGCUGACCGAGGACAUCGUGCACCGGGAGGUGACGGCGGACCACAAGCUGCUCUCACGGCGCCUCCUGACCAAGACCAACCGCAUGCCGCGAUGGGCCGAACGAUUCUUCCCGGCCAACGUCGCACACAACGUUUACAUCGUGGAGGAUUCAAUCGUGGACCCCAAGAACCGAACCAUGACCACGUUCACCUGGAACAUCAACCACGCGCGUCUCAUGGCAGUGGAGGAGCGCUGUGUCUACAGAGUGAACCCUGAGAACAGCAGCUGGACCGAAGUGAAGCGCGAGGCCUGGGUCUCCUCCAGCCUCUUUGGCGUCUCGCGGGCAGUCCAGGAGUUUGGUCUGGCCAGGUUCAAAAGCAACGUGACCAAGAGCACUAAAGGAUUUGAAUACGUGCUAGCAAGGAUGCAAGGAGAAGCUCCAUCUAAAACUCUGGUGGAAACAGCAAAGGAAGCAACUGAGAAAGCAAAGGAGACAGCUCUGGCUGCUACAGAAAAAGCCAAGGACCUGGCGAGCAAAGCAGCCACCAAGAAGAAGCAGUUCGUGUGAAGAGCUGGACGCAGGCAAGAGCUGGGCUACGCCAGAACAGAUAGGAGCCUCCUUAGAUUUUAUAUUUUUAACUGUAAAAGUCUGACAAUCAGCUGCUGUUAGAUCCUAAGGUGUAAUUAUCAUUAAAGAGUCAACUUCCACCUCUGA